AUUUAUUUAAUUAUUCCUCUAUAUUUUAGUACCCAUUUGCCUCAACCUCAUUCGAUAGAUCCAGUUUGCUACAGAAAACUCUUUUCGUCAAUUAGGUUUCGUUCAAUUUUCAUCGCCAUGGCUUCAAAGGAUCCCAAGGAAACUGCUGCUGCUGCAUCUAGUAGUGGUGCUGGUGGUGGUUUUUUUGCUUCUAUUGCUUCCAGUUUGUCCAAUUUUGGCACCGCCGUGUCCAAAUCUGUUAAUGGUCCUGUGCCCUAUGACGGUGUGGAGGUUGUUAAUCCAGAGGGAGGAACUGAAGAUGCUCAAGAGGAAGCUCAAAAGGGACGAUGGAAACAAGAGGACCGAGAUAGUUACUGGAGAAUGAUGCAGAAGUAUAUUGGAUCUGAUAUCACAUCCAUGGUAACACUUCCAGUUAUCAUCUUUGAGCCAAUGACAAUGUUACAGAAAAUGGCUGAGCUUAUGGAGUAUUCUUACCUGUUAGAUAUGGCAGAUAAGACUGACGAUCCAUACAUGAGACUUGUAUAUGCUUCAUCAUUUUUUAUAUCUGUCUAUUAUGCCUAUCAACGAACAUGGAAGCCAUUCAAUCCAAUUCUUGGUGAGACUUAUGAAAUGGCCAACCAUGGUGGCAUGUCAUUUAUAGCAGAGCAGGUCUGUCAUCACCCUCCAAUGAGUGCUGGGCAUGCUGAAAAUGAACAUUUCACGUACGAUGUGACAUCAAAACUGAAAACCAAAUUUCUUGGCAACUCAGUUGAUGUAUAUCCUCUUGGAAGAACACGUGUUACCCUAAAAAAAGAUGGUGUGGUCCUUGACUUGGUGCCUCCACCUACAAAAGUUAGCAACUUGAUUUUUGGACGAACUUGGAUUGAUUCACCAGGGGAGAUGGUCCUCACAAAUGUUACUUCAGGGGACAAAGUGGUGCUGUAUUUUCAACCUUGUGGUUGGUUUGGAGCUGGUCGAUAUGAGGUGGAUGGGUAUGUGUAUAAUGCUGCUGAAGAGCCGAAGAUACUUAUGACCGGAAAAUGGAAUGAGGCUAUCAGUUAUCAAGUUUGUGACCCAGAGGGAGAACCUCUUCCAGGAACUGAGCUCAAAGAGGCUUGGAGAGUUGCUGAAACUCCCAAAAAUGACAAAUUCCAGUACACGUAUUUUGCACACAAGAUUAACAGCUUUGACACUGCUCCCAAAAAGUUGUUGGCAUCUGAUUCUCGUCUACGCCCUGAUAGGAUGGCCCUUGAGAAGGGUGACCUAUCUACUUCCGGCUAUGAGAAGAGCAGUUUGGAGGAGAGGCAAAGAGCUGAGAAGAAAAACCGAGAGGCCAAGGGCCAUAAGUUCACCCCUAGAUGGUUUGAUUUAACAGAUGAAGUAGCUACUACACCUUGGGGUGAAUUGGAAGUUUACCAGUACAAUGGUAAAUACACUGCACAUCGUGCUGCUAUUGAUGAUAGUUCUGAUAGCACUGACGACAGCAGAACGGAGUUCAACCCAUGGCAGUUUGAUAAUUUGGAAGCUGAAUAAGCAUCCUUGUGGAAUUCUUUCUAUUUUUUUUUAACUGUCAUCUUGUUAUAAAGUUUGUAAUGUAUCUUUGAUCUUAAUUUGAAUGCUUGGAAUUUGUUUAUGUAUUUAUUUUGGGUUCAUGUUUUGUUAAUGUAGCAUUUUAUUAACUAAA